AUGGAGCCCCGCGAGCUGGCCGGUCACAUGGCGUCCGGCGUCGUCGCCGGCACCGCGGUGGAGGCGGCGCUGUACCCGAUCGACACGAUCAAGACGCGCCUGCAGGCGGCGCGCGGGGGCGCGGCGGUGAGCUGGCGGCACCUCUACAAAGGCCUCGGCGGCAACCUCGUCGGCGUCGUCCCGGCGUGCGCGCUCUUCUUCGCCGUGUACGAACCCGCGAAGCGCGCGCUGUUGCCCAUCCCCGGCGACGGCGACGGCGAAGGCACCGCCGCGCACCACCGUCGCACCGCCGUCGCGCACCUCGCCGCCGCCGCCUCCGCGGGCCUCGCCUCCUCGCUCGUGCGCGUGCCCACGGAGGUGGUCAAGACGCGCAUGCAAACCGGGCAGUUCUCCAGCGCGCGCGCCGCGCUGCGCCACAUCGUGACGAAGGAGGGCCGCCUCGCGACGGGGCUCUUCGCGGGGUUCGGAUCGUUCCUCCUCAGGGACCUCCCGUUCGACGCCAUCGAGUUCGCGUCGUACGAACAGCUCAAGCUCGCACGAAGGCGGCCUCUCAAACAACACGAGUCCGCGGUCCUCGGGGCGAUCGCCGGGGCGGUGACGGGCGCGGUGACGACGCCGCUGGACGUCGUGAAGACGCGGCUGAUGACGCAGGGCGCGGAGGGGCGAGGUACCGGGAGGGGCGACGGGCGGAGGUACCGCGGGGUGGCGGACUGCGUCGCCAGGAUGGUCAGGGAGGAGGGCGCGUUCUCGCUGCUCAAGGGGAUCCAGCCGAGGGUGACGUUCAUAGGAAUAGGGGGGGGCGUGUUCUUUUUCGCCCUCGAGGCGGCCAAGGGAGUGUUCGUGGCGGAAUCCUAA